UGUUGUUUUGCUUCGUUGUCAGAGAGGAGCAGCAUCUCCGUGGGGGCAGAGCGGCGGUGAGUCGCUUAUUUACCCGCAAACAGAGCGCGACGUGCGGCUGACAGAGCUCCACACUCCGCCGGACUCUGUUAGCUCACCUGUGCGUUCACCUGAACCUGUUAGCUGCUGUUAGCUGCUGUUAGCCGCUGUUAGCUUUAGCUCCGAGGAUAAACAACUCUGCAGGUAAAACACUUUAUUUUGUAUAUUUUACAAGUGACACGCGGACACGCUGACGUCAUCACGGAUUUGACCAGACAUUGCAUCUGACCCGUCCCAUUUCUCCCUGCGUUGCCAUGGCGACCUUCCCGGAGUACAUCGCCCAGAACGAGGAGCGCGACGGCGUGCGGUUCAGCUGGAACGUGUGGCCGUCCAGCCGGCUGGAGGCCACCCGCAUGGUGGUGCCGGUGGCGGCGCUGUUCACGCCGCUGAGGGAGCGGCCCGACCUGCCCCCCAUCCAGUACGAACCGGUCCUCUGCAGCCGGGCCACCUGCCGCGCCGUGCUCAACCCGCUGUGGUAGGACAC